AUGUCACCUUCUCGCUCUUCCCGUCACGUUCACUGCUCACUGGUCAAGAACACCCAUGGACAGAAUUUGUCCCGCUGCCCAGCCCAGGCCCAAGACGUGCUCGACGCCGAGUUUCCGGCCAACUGGGUCAGAUUCAGCGGCCAAGCCACGGCAUCCAAUCUCGACUCGUCAAGGGCCGUGGAAGACGUCUCGAAGGAGAUCGGUACCCGCAGUCGGUGA